GCACGUAUAUAACACUUACAUAAUGCCUCAGAGCAGCCCUGGAAGCCGGCUGGAAGUCUGGAGCAGCGGAAGAGAAGCAGGGACAGACACUGGGGGCACACACAGGUAGUAUCCCUGAGUGAGGUGAGGAGUGUGUAUCUGGUCCGAUGUUGUCAGGCGUGUCCGCCCUAGUAACCAGGUGUGUCGGCUGCAUCACGACAGCGUCUCUCGUCUCCCUGCUGUGUGUUACCAAGACUCAAUCUGCAGUAUCUGCCACGCCCACCUGUCACAGACCGGGGUUACCUGAGGUCAUUUGGAGAGGACUGACUACACAGACUACCAGCACCAGCCCGAUGGACAAGCUCCAUGACGCUAAGGAGGCCUGUCUGUGGGGCUUGCUGAUUGGUGACGCCCUGUCCAUGCCCGUACACUGGUACUACGACGCGGACGACAUCAAGAGGGAUUAUGGGAAAUGGCUGACAGGAUAUGUGGCACCAAAGAAACACCAUCCCUCCAGUAUCAUGUCCCUCUCAGCAACAGGCGGAAGUGGCCGCUCAGGUUUCUCCAUGCAGAAGGAGGAGCCUCUGAUCGGGAAUGUGAUCCUCCACGACAAGCUGCAGUACUGGACCAAAUCAGCAGGGGCGUCUGUGCACUACCACCAAGGUAUGUCAGCAGGAGACAACACCCUAAACGCCCUGUGUGCCCUGAGAGUGUGUCAGACAAUGGCCAGGGUUGACCCUGAUGGUGACCUUUCACCUCGUGACCUCCGUUCAGCCGUCCUGGCCGACUAUGUCACCUUCCUGACAACUCCGGGCUCUCAUAACGACACCUACGCCGAAUCCUUUCACCGCGCUUUCUUCCGCGACUGGAUUCCCGCAGGCAAACCCGUCGGGAAAGACGAACUGAUGAAAUUUGCGGAAAAACGAUACAAGGAACAGUCGUCGGGGAGGGCGGACUCGCAGCUCGCUGUGAUUGGUGCGUUCGUGAUGGCGGUUCCCUUUGUGCUGCACUCUGCUCAUCUGCCCGAGGCCGAGGCGGUGCGGAACACGGUCGAUUUCGUGCGACUGACCCAUCCGCUCCCGCCAUCACAACUAGAACCCUACGUGGAGUUGUACGUCAAGUCCCUACAUGCAGUUCUGAAUGGUGCCAGUCUGCAGGAGAAGGCAGCAGAAGCCCUGCAGUCUCCCCUACUCGGAGGAUCAGGCACGUGGAAGAGGGUCCAGGCCUUUUCAUCUGAAGCUGCAGGAUAUGCUAAAGGUUCAGACAUGCGGCUGUCUGUGUACCAGGAGGCAGUGGGACACUUCGGCCUGGCCUGUUACAUCAGGGGUUCUCUCACAUCACUGUUCUUCCUCGCUCACGAGUUCCACGAUGACAUGGAGGGAGGAGUACUCACUAACACAAACGUUGGAGGUGAGAACUGUCACCGUGGGGCGGCCCUCGGCGCUCUCCUGGCUGCAGCGGCAGGAAGGUCGGGACAACCCCUCCCCCAGGGGCUGAAGGACGGGCUGGGGUCUGCACGGAAUGACCUCAUGGCUCUGUUAGCUAACAGUAAACUCUGAACCAUCAUCCGCAGUAUACUGGUACUAAGUACCGGUACUGUACCACAAAAAUCAUUCAGGUACAGGUCCAAAAUACAAUGUACCUGAAUAGACACA